UCCGCCGGACUGACACGUAGCAGAAACGCUGUAAAUGCAGCACCGCUGCGGUCGUUUCUCGCCGUUACCGCGCUACGCGAACGACGUGGCUAUAAUAAAGCGAUGCGGGGAUUAAAAACGCCUGCUGUUUCGAGCGGACAGAGCCUCAGUGAAGGGGAUAAAACCCCAGAGUUGUGUGACGGACAGGUGGCUAGCUGAGCUGUAGCUUCCUGGCUCGUCACUUUAGUGCAGUCACGUCAUUACAGACCUCUAGGUCUGACACAUCAGACAGUCGUUUUUUUUUAAACUUUUAAGUUCAGAUCAUUGUAAAAAUAAAGCAGAAACGCCUCAGUAGCGUCUCUGCGUGUUUAAUUCCCUGCUGUCCUUUCCGCGCCGCGCCGUUUCCACCUUGAAGUUUGGGAGAUUAUUCACAGUAACCUUCCGCCUGCAGUAGAGGUGCUGAGGCUAGGGCCGCCGCCAUUUUGAAUGUCUGGUCUGUUCCUCCCUCCGUCGCCCACAGAGAAGAUUCCAGUUGUUUUCUGGUGUCAUUACGGCUGAGGAUGCCAGCUCCGAUCAGACUGCGGGAGCUGAUCCGGACAAUCCGGACGGCUCGGACCCAGGCUGAGGAGCGAGAGAUGAUCCAGAAAGAGUGUGCUGCCAUCAGGUCAUCUUUCAGAGAAGAAGACAACACGUACCGCUGUAGAAAUGUGGCAAAGCUGCUGUAUAUGCACAUGUUGGGGUACCCAGCGCAUUUCGGGCAGCUGGAGUGCCUGAAGCUGAUUGCGUCACAGAAGUUCACAGACAAGCGAAUAGGGUACUUGGGGGCCAUGUUGCUGUUGGAUGAAAGGCAGGAUGUCCAUCUACUUAUGACGAACUGCAUCAAGAAUGACCUAAAUCACAGUACACAGUAUGUCCAGGGACUGGCCUUGUGCACCCUGGGCUGCAUGGGUUCGUCAGAAAUGUGUCGUGACCUGGCAGGUGAAGUGGAGAAGCUCCUCAAAACAUCAAACUCCUACUUGAGAAAAAAGGCAGCGUUGUGUGCAGUCCAUGUCAUUCGCAAGGUCCCAGAGUUGAUGGAGAUGUUUCUGCCUGCAACGAAAAACCUGUUGAGCGAGAAGAAUCACGGAGUUCUCCACACAUCUGUUGUCCUGCUCACUGAAAUGUGUGAACGAAGUCCUGACAUGCUUACUCACUUUAGAAAGAAUGAAAAGCUGGUUCCACAACUGGUGCGAAUCCUGAAGAACCUUAUCAUGUCUGGUUACUCUCCUGAGCAUGACGUGUCUGGCAUCAGUGAUCCAUUUCUGCAGGUGCGGAUAUUGAGGCUACUAAGAAUUCUGGGAAAGAGUGACGACGAUUCUAGUGAAGCUAUGAAUGACAUUCUUGCGCAGGUUGCGACAAACACUGAAACAAGUAAAAAUGUAGGCAAUGCAAUCCUGUAUGAAACUGUUCUUACAAUUAUGGACAUUAAAUCGGAGAGUGGCUUGAGGGUAUUAGCGAUCAACAUCCUGGGACGUUUUCUUCUCAACAAUGACAAAAACAUCAGAUACGUGGCGCUGACAUCUUUACUGAAAACAGUGCAGACAGACCACAAUGCGGUGCAGAGGCAUCGGAGCACCAUUGUGGACUGUUUGAAAGACCUGGAUGUCUCCAUCAAAAGACGUGCGAUGGAACUGAGCUUCGCCCUGGUCAACGGCAACAACAUCCGAGGCAUGAUGAAGGAGCUGCUGUAUUUCUUGGACUCCUGUGACCCAGAGUUCAAAGCCGACUGUGCGUCAGGGGUCUUCCUGGCUGCUGAGAAGUAUGCACCCUCCAAAAGAUGGCACAUAGACACCAUAAUGAGGGUGUUAACAACGGCGGGGAGUUAUGUCAGAGAUGACUCUGUACCGAACCUUAUCCAGCUCAUCACAAACAGUGUGGAGAUGCAUGCUUACACUGUACAGAGGCUCUACAAAGCCCUUCUGGAUGACAUCUCUCAGCAACCACUGGUGCAGGUGGCAUCUUGGUGCAUAGGGGAGUAUGGAGACCUGCUGGUCUCAGGCCAGUGUGAGGAGGAGGAGCCCAUCCAGGUUACAGAGGAUGAAGUCUUGGAUGUUUUGGAAGGUCUCCUCGUCUCCAACUUGUCCACCCCUGUAACCCGAGGUUAUUCACUGACCGCCAUCAUGAAGCUGUCCACACGUUUCAGCAGUGUGAACCGAAUAAAGAAAGUGGUGUCGAUAUAUGGCAGCAGCAUAGAUGUGGAGUUGCAGCAGAGAGCUGUGGAGUACAAUGCACUUUUCAAGAAAUAUGAUCACAUGAGGCCUGCCUUACUAGAGCGAAUGCCUAUUAUGGAGAAAACAGCCACGAAUGGGCCUACAGAGAUUGUACAGACCAAUGGAGAGACAGAAUCCUCUGCACUGGACUCGAAACACCCACCCAGCAUUACUCAGCCAACGAAUCAGGCAAAUGAUUUGUUAGACCUGCUUGGAGGUAAUGACGUCGUGCCCGUGAUCCAGACGGCUUUGCCCACCAAACCUGCCUCAGCUGGGGGAGAGCUGCUCGACCUGCUAGGGGACCUCUCUCUGUCUGGUGGUCCAACCCCUGCCCCUGCUCCCUCUGUGCCCAUCUCCCAGCCCCCUUUCCUCUUGGAUGGCCUCUCCUCACAACCCCUCUUCAAUGACACUGCAGCAGGUAUCCCUCCGAUGAUUGCAUACAACAAGAACGGCCUGAAGAUUGAGUUCACCUUUGAGAGGUCCAACCCCAACCCGAACAUUUCAGUGAUCACCAUCCAUGCCUCGAACUCUACUGAGGUUGACAUGACAGACUUCGUAUUCCAGGCUGCAGUACCAAAGACAUUCCAGCUGCAGCUCCUCUCCCCCAGCAGUAAUAUUGUCCCAGCACUCAACCAGGGAAACGUCACGCAGGUCAUCAGGGUCCUUAACCCACAGAAGCAACAGCUGCGAAUGCGGAUUAAGCUGACAUACACCUACAAAGGCGCUCCUGUUCAAGACCUGGCCGAAGUCAACAACUUCCCUCCCCAGUCCUGGCAGUGAUUUUGCUGUCGCUCUUGAUCUUAAAGACCCCCACCAAGGGAACUAUGGGAAAGAUCGCCCUUGCCCAUCCCUGACUGAUCCCCCUGUGACAUCACUGCACAUCGCUGCCCUGGGGUUGCAUGGGAAGCAGUGGAAUCUUCCUGACACACACACACACACACACACACACACACACACACACACACACAAAAGAGUUGAUGGUAUGAAGACCAUGAUGACGAUUACGAUGACAAUGAUGAACCAUCCACCAGAAACGUCUCAGUACAUAUCCAUUUUACUAACAGCUUCCCCUCCUCUCUGAUUUGGUCUCACCACAGUUUAUGCGUCUUUCUCUGUCUGUCUUUCUCUGGAGUUCCUCCUUUCCUCACCUGCACCCAGAUGCUCACCUCAGUGCGCACACGAACACACUUGCCCUUACAUGCACCCCAAGCUGGCCCAUUCGCUGUCUGUAGAUGGAAUAUACCACACUCAUGGUCACUCUGGAGAGGAGCUCGUUGGUAUGAGCACUUGUUUGAUUUGUCUGUUUUUGUUUGAUUUUUCUUUCAUGUUUUUAAUCUUACCUGUUGAUGGGUUGGGGUAAUUUUAAUGGGGGGGAAAUUUUGCUUUGAACUGUAUGAACUCUGAAUUGCAUAGUCUAUGAAUGUUUGCACCUUGUCCAACUCACUGGCAUUUCGGAGUGUAAGCAGAACACGGUUUGUGCUGGGGCUUGAAAAUAAUCAUUUGUGUGGCAUUUCAUUACCUCUGGAGAGUCGGCUUGUCUCUUUACUGAUCUUAUGACCUGUAAUAAAGAAUAUCAGAUCAAUGCUCCAAACAAGAACCUAUGUGGUGGCUACGCCGUGUUCGUUCAGAAUCAUUUGCUGCACCAACAUACAUUCUAGUGCAUUCAUCGCUUGACUGCACUCUUACCAAAUUUGUCCAUAGAUGCUCGACCGGUGAGCAUCUUGAUCACGUGUUAAGGUCACCCAGUGAUUAUUAACAGUAGUUGUCAGAAAAGAUGGCAGUCGAGGUUGAAUUGAAACCCCUUUGUGGGUCUAGUCUUAUUACUAAUUCUGCCCAAAUGUUGUAUCAGUCAUUUCAAAACGUUUGCAUUAGAUGCGUUUUCUUCUUCCCUUACCUGGCUUUGUACCUCUGUUAGCCAGUAUGCUUGUGUCAGAAGACACCUGCUUUUGUGAUUUGUUUAGCUGUUCAACGCUGCUAGAGAUUUGAACUAGUUAUUUGAGCAACUCGCAAGGAACAGCACAGUAUAUCAGUGCAAUUUUUAAAAUGAUAAAAGCAGCAAAUGGAAAUUCAGAUCAAUGCAACAGUAUCAACCAUAAAUGAACCUGAUUAGAAUUGACUAACAGUGGCCUGCUCACGCAGCGUCGAACCAAGCAUGGUCACCGAUGUCAACAUACACUGUAUGUGAGACCCAUCAUGAAUGUAGUUAUAUGCACUGAAUGGAUUUCCUAGUUUGUUUGUCUUGUUUCUGAUUUCUAAAGACUUUUUGGUUUCUUUUCAGCAGCGAUUUUGAAGUAAAAAAUUCUUGCCUGAUUUUAAAGCGAUGUGCCUUUUGCCGAAACUGGUAGAACUGAAGCCCUCGGACGUCUUGAGAUUGUCUAGCGGGCGAUGCCACAGGAGAGAGAGAGAGAGAGAGCGAGAAGAGGUUUUGUUCUGGAAAACGGAGGACGUUGACCUUUUUCAUUUCACAUUUAAGUUCUGAUUAUUCAGAGAGGGCUUCGAGACGGUCAGAUAUCGAGCGUGUGCCGUAGGUGUGUAGAAGUCUUUGUGUAAGAUACGGAUCCCAGGCCGUCUCUUUCUCGGAAGACGGCUGGAAACGGUAACCUAAAUACCUCACAUCUAUUAUAACUUGUAAUUUUUUAAGCUGGCAGCGGAACCGUGGCCGUUUCAUCAGAUCGUUCGCAUGGUUUCAAGCCAUCUUGGGGACAACCUUAGCGUUAAUAAAUGCACCUCAUCACUAACAAACUUAACCCAGCUCUCCUGCUGCUCUUCUUUCGAAUCUUCAUAUACACCCAGCGACCAGAUUUUACAAAUUUAAGAUUCACUAUGCCUCAUUAUGAGUUGGUGACCAAAUCAGAGAUGUGUUCCUUUUGGCUUUGGAAAUAUUUUUGAGCAAUGUUAUGUGUAUAUGGAGAAAAAGACUGCAUUCUGUUACUUAAUUUUCUUUCUGUCUCUUUUUUUUGGACUUCUGGUUUGUUCUGUACAUAUUGAGGGCUUUUCAGAUGCAACUGUUCCUGUCAUCCCUAUUUUUCUUUUUCUUUUUUUAAAAAGAUAUUGACCAUUUUCUAAAACUUCCUUCCAGUACUGCACAGUAAUCAUACUCAGAAUCAUAGUCUAAUUUAACAUGUUCCCUGUCUGAUUGUUUAUUUAGAUGAAAAUGUAUUAUCUGCUGCCUGUACAUUGUAUAUAAUUGUAAAAGACGACGAAAAAGAUCAAAUCAAAUAAACUCCCGUUUGAAGACCUGUGGAGAUUAGUUAGGGCCUGUACUUGUACACAAGUGUAAAGAAUCGACUUUUCGUUUUAUUUCCUCUCGAUUUUGGCUUUGUUUCACACUUCUCUUAUUUCCUUUUGCUAAUUUACUAGAUAGCUGUUCUGAUUGCUGGUGGUUUGUGAUGCACUACUGAAAGGAGGUCUUGCGAUGCAAUGUAGGGACGUUCUUUGACCGCUCUGUUCUACCUACUGUGCACCCCCGGCCCCCCCAAGCCGCCACCAUCACUCUCAAGCUGCUCACUUUAUCAAAACAAACAGGAUUUAUAUAACGCCAGCAGAAGAUCAUAAGUGAAUGACAAUUGUCAUUUAUCACCUCUUCCAUAUUUCCAAGAAGAUACUCCUUUCCAAAUAUUUUUCUUUGUGCCUCCACAGUUUUGUGAAUCCCUCAGUCCUGGCUACACAUAUUACAUUGUAAUAAACAAUCAUUCGCUGGUUUGACUGGAGACCUUUAGAGACAAGCUAUUGUUUCUAGUCUGGCGUAUUGCAUCUGCACACAUGCCGUCUCAAGUCUUUGGUCAGUACUGUGUUGAUGCAGAGGGUCAGAAUGAAAUGAGGGACGAACCCUCGUGUCAUCAAUAUUUAUCAGUGCAAACCAGCUACCGGAUUCGUUUAACUCGUGAGAAAUAUAGUGUCAUCAUUCUAACAUGAUGGGGACGUGAAAGACAAAUAUCUAAAAGGGCACUACAAGUUGCGUGUACUGAGACCAGAUGGGGACGCGAACAGAACUUAGGGAAACCUGCUGCUUUUUAGGCUUAUUUUAUUCAAUCAGCUCAUAAAGGUGUGUUACCUACCUGUGCGUGUGUUGGAGAGAACCCGAGGAGCUCAAGAGGUGCGCUGACUCGUCUGGCCGCACCUUCACGCUGUCGAGCAUAAUUUUUGGCUGCGAUGAUUUUUCGACUCAGCUUGUGAGCUGCAUGUGAAAACUGAGUGUAAAUAUUGUCAUUUUUACUCUUUCUGUAAACUUCCUGUCAAAAUGCAAGAGAAGUUCUGAUUCUUGAACAAGGCUCAUCCCGCUUCCCUGACAUCUUGACACAGGCCGAGCUUUUGGAGAAAUUUAAUGUUCUGUUAACUCGAGUUAAUGUUAAGAGUCGGACUCUCUUUCCUGGGCUGGAGGUUGGUGACUAUGGGGCCUGAAUAUAACACCAUUCGUUUGGAUGUAGUUCUUUGACCAGGUGAACGCUCCAUGUAUCAUAUGCUUGGAUGAUGACCCUCUCCAUCCAGAUCCCCUCUUUGUAAACUGUAAAAGCUAUCGGUUGUUCUUUUUGGACUUGUAUCUAUACAUGUGCCUCCUCCCCAGCCAUUUUACACUUGCUAUCUGACUACAUCCAAACGUGCGCAGGGUGGGAGAGGCGGAUAUACCCCCCCCCAUGAGUUUGACAUGCUGAACUGAAUCACAGUGUCCCGUGUCUUCAAGGAGCGAGUGCUGGACUGAAAAUAAUUCAUGAUGAUGAUGAUGAUGAAUGAAAAUAACUUGUAAUCUAUUACAUGGGAUAUUUUAGACUUAUGCUGUGUAUUAUUGUCUUUUGGGUUGGAGAAAAUGACCACAAGAAAUAAAAAAGUCAAAACUAA